AUGCUUGAAAGGGGAGAUGAAGAAUCUUUAAGAAGUGAGAAGAAGAUGAGUGCAGAAGAGUUGGAGCGAGAGCACAAGAUGAUCAAGGAACGUCAAUCUAAGGAGUUGGGGAAGAUGAGUCAAGAAGAUUUGGAGCGGUAUCUUCGAAAAUCUUUGAAUGGACGCUCAUAUUUGCUAGUGAUCGAUGAUGUAUGGCAUAAAGAAGCUUGGGAGGGCUUCAAAAGAGCAUUUCCUGAUAACAAUAAUGGUAGUAGAGUAAUUAUUACCACCCGUAUCAGAGAAGUUGCUGAACGUUCGGACGGAAAAGCUCAUGUCCAUGAGCUUCGAUUUCUAAACCCAAAUGAAAGUUGGAAGCUUUUUUGUGAUAAAGCCUUUCAAAAAUCAAAUGCAGAUGAAGGAUUAAAGAAGUUGGGAAGAGAAAUGGUGGAGAAAUGUAGAGGCUUACCACUUGCCAUAGUUGUAUUGGGAGGACUCUUGUCAACGAAAAAGCCUCAAGAAUGGCGGAGGGUACAUCAUCACAUUUGGCAACAUCUAAGGGACGAUUCAAUUCAGAUCUCCUUUUUGUUAGCUUUAAGUUUUAAUGAUUUGUCUUUUGAAUUGAAGUUAAGUUUUCUCUACCUAAGUCUUUUUCCAGAGGAUUUUGAAAUCGAUGUGGAGAAACUAAUUCGAUUACUAAUGGCGGAGGGUUUCAUAGAAGAAAAUGAAGGUCAAAUAAUGGAAGAAGUGGCUGAGAGUUAUUUAAAACAGUUGAUUAAUAGAAGUUUGGUGCAAAUAGAGAAAAGAUGUUGGGGGCGGAUUGCCACAUGUCGGGUUCAUGAUCUUUUGCGCGAUCUUGCCAUACAGAAAGCAAAGGAAUCAAACUUCGCAUACUUUUAUGAUGCAAACAUACAUUCAACUCCCCCUCCGGUCAUAUUAUCUUGCCGAAGACAAGCUGUCUAUUCAGAGUUUGAAACGCAUUUGUGGUUUCAACACUACAAUCAAUUGUCGCGUUCCUUUCUCAUCUUUAAGCAAAAGUGGGAUGCAUCACUCAAAUUAACACAGCACUUACCACCCCUCUUCAUCAAAUUCAGACUGCUCAGAGUGCUCGACGUUGAGGGUUCUCCGAGUAAGAAUAUCGGACCGCUGAGUAAGAGAAGCUUAUCUGAAGAGAUUGGAAAGUUGAUCCACUUGAAAUAUUUGGGGCUAAGGAAUGCAUACAUAUACCAUUUUCCGUCAUCCUUUGUCAACUUGAAGAGGCUGCAAACUCUUGACAUAUAUGGUAAUCAGUGGAUUUUUCAUGAAAUACCAAUUGAGAUUUGUAAGUUGCAGGAAUUGAAGCAUCUAAUUGGAAACUUUCGAGGAUCAUUGCCAGUAGACAAUUUGACAAACCUUCAAACUCUCAAGUACAUAAAUAUUGGAUGUUGGAGUAAAAUUAAUCCUGAAAAGUUGGGUUCUCUUCGGGAGCUGCGGAUCAUAUCGGAUUGGGCAUUACCAAAUGAGUUUGAUUUGAAACCAAUAGGCAAACUAAAAAGCCUUCAAAUCUUAUCAGUUAUGUUGCCGUUGCGGUCUGAUACAUCUUUUGCUUCAUGGCAGGCACUUGCUCAUUGCUCAUGUCUUGUAGAUUUGAGAUUAAGUGGGAAGAUAGAGGAACUACCAAGAAACAUGGAGCAACUCUUACCAAAUCUUGAAUGUUUAAAGUUAAGAAGUUUAUUUCUCAGGGAUGAUCCAAUGGCCUUAUUGGAGAAUUUGCCAAACCUGAUGAUUCUCGUGUUAAACUUCGUUUCAUAUAGUGAAAAAAAAAAUGAUAUGCUCGGCAAAUGGUUUCCCUCGUCUUGA